CCGGCGCUCUGGCCCACACAGUCGGUACUCUAUGGCAUCUCGGGUUCCCUCUAGCUGCAGUCUGGAGGACUACACUCGUUUUCUUUUCGGCUGUGCGAGGCCCGGCAGCCUCUGCUGAGCUGGAAGAAAGAUGGCGGCAGCCGUGCGGCAGGAUUUGGCCCAACUCAUGAAUUCGAGUGGCUCUCAUAAAGAUCUUGCGGGCAAGUAUCGUCAGAUCCUGGAAAAAGCCAUUCAGUUAUCUGGGGCAGAACAACUAGAAGCUUUGAAAGCUUUUGUGGAAGCAAUGGUGAAUGAGAAUGUCAGUCUCGUGAUCUCUCGACAGUUGCUGACUGAUUUCUGUACACAUCUCCCUAACCUGCCUGAUAGCACAGCCAAAGAAAUCUAUCAUUUCACCUUGGAAAAGAUCCAGCCUAGAGUCAUUUCAUUUGAGGAGCAGGUUGCUUCAAUAAGACAGCAUCUUGCAUCCAUAUAUGAGAAAGAAGAAGAUUGGAGAAAUGCAGCCCAAGUGUUGGUGGGAAUUCCUUUGGAAACAGGACAAAAGCAGUACAAUGUAGAUUAUAAGCUGGAAACUUACCUGAAGAUUGCUAGGCUAUAUUUGGAAGAUGAUGACCCAGUCCAGGCAGAGGCUUACAUAAAUCGAGCAUCAUUGCUUCAGAAUGAAUCCACCAAUGAACAGUUACAGAUACAUUAUAAGGUAUGCUAUGCACGUGUUCUUGAUUAUAGAAGAAAAUUCAUUGAAGCUGCACAAAGGUACAAUGAGCUCUCUUACAAGACAAUAGUGCACGAAAGUGAAAGACUAGAGGCCUUAAAACAUGCUUUGCACUGUACCAUCUUGGCAUCAGCAGGACAGCAGCGUUCUCGGAUGCUAGCUACUCUUUUUAAGGAUGAAAGGUGCCAGCAACUUGCUGCUUAUGGGAUCCUAGAGAAAAUGUACUUAGACAGGAUCAUCAGAGGAAAUCAACUUCAAGAAUUUGCUGCCAUGUUGAUGCCUCACCAAAAAGCAACUACAGCUGAUGGUUCUAGCAUCUUGGACAGAGCUGUUAUUGAACAUAAUUUGUUGUCUGCAAGCAAAUUAUAUAAUAAUAUUACCUUUGAAGAACUUGGAGCUCUUUUAGAGAUCCCUGCAGCUAAGGCAGAAAAAAUAGCAUCACAAAUGAUAACAGAAGGACGUAUGAAUGGAUUUAUUGAUCAGAUUGAUGGAAUAGUUCAUUUUGAAACACGGGAAGCCCUGCCAACGUGGGACAAACAGAUCCAGUCCCUUUGUUUCCAAGUGAAUAACCUGUUGGAGAAGAUUAGUCAGACAGCGCCAGAAUGGACAGCACAAGCCAUGGAAGCGCAAAUGGCUCAGUGAAUGCUUGCAGGGCUCUGUGCACACGACAGCUUUUACAGUGUUGUACAGAUUAAUUUCACGGUCUCUCCAAAGCAUUUGCAUCUGACCUUACAUAUUUCAAUCCCUUUUAUGCUGGAUUCCAUUUAAAGAAGACAUUGUUAGAACAGAAAGCGCAAGCAUUUAAAAAUAUGUAGUUCCUAUAUAUUCAGGGUCUCUGUGUCUCAAGCUAACUCAAAUGUUCUGAAAGCUUUUCCUUUAAACGGAGUAAGUGAAAUAGCCGUGGCUAAAAGGUUUGGGAUUUGUGAUAACUUUGUAGUCAUGUAAAAUGUUAAAGUGCUUCGUGCCUCUCCAAACGUGGUAAUUCUAAUAAAUGGAGAAGUGACCCAAAUAAAAGUAGUUCUUGGUUUUUAA